AUGAUAGUUGUGGCUGAAGAUGGCUACGAUGACUCGCUUAAAUACAGUCAAAAAUCUAAUGACAAUGGAGCAAAAAAACUAUAUGCAGCAACCACACCGAAGCUUGAUUCACAUCAGGUCUCCUUCGCAACCCAAUUUGGUUCCUAUGUGCAAGUCUCAGCAAUGGAUUUUUAUGCAGCACUGGGAUAUGACGAACUCAAGGGCCUGUGGACGAUUGCAAUGAUGAAGAUGGACAAUGACAGUGACGAACCUUAA